AUGGGGAACAAGAAGGGCGGCUCGUCCUGGCUCACCGCCGUCAAGCGGGCCUUCCGCUCCCCGUCCAAGGAGGACAGCCCCAAGAAGGCGCCGCGCCUCCGCGAGGACCCCGACGCCGACGAGGACAAGAACAAGAGGGAGCGGAGGCGAUGGCUGUUCAGGAGGUCCUCGUCCCCGUCCCCUUCGCCGGCGGCUCCUCCGGCGCCGCCCGAGCAGCAUCAGCAGCAGAACCAAUCGGCGGCGGCGAGGUCCGCGCCGGGCCCGUCGGUGACGGAUGAGCAGCGCCACGCCAUCGCGCUCGCCGUGGCGACGGCCGCCACGGCCGAAGCCGCCGUCGCCACGGCGCAGGCGGCCGCCGAGGUGGUCCGCCUCACCCGCCCCUCCUCCAGCUUCGUGCGCGAGCACUACGCCGCCAUCGUCGUGCAGACCGCCUUCCGAGGCUACCUGGCGAGGCGCGCGCUGCGCGCUCUCAAGGGGCUGGUGAAGCUGCAGGCGCUGGUGCGCGGCCACAACGUGCGGAAGCAGGCCAACAUGACGCUGCGCUGCAUGCAGGCGCUGGUGCGCGUCCAGGCGCGCGUGCGCGACCAGCGGAUGCGCCUCUCGCAGGACUCCCUCUCCGCCGCCGGCGCCGCCGCCUGCGGCAGCAGCAAGUCCUCGUACAGCGUCGACACAUCCACCUUCUGGGACUCCAAGUACACCCACGAAUACGCCGAGCGACGCUCCGUGGAGCGGUCGAGGGACGGCAGCAGCUUCGCCGCCGACGACUGGGACGAUCGGCCGCGCACGAUUGAGGAGAUCCAGGCCAUGCUGCAGACCAGGAAAGACGCCGCUCUCAAGCGCGAGAGAGCACUGUCCUACGCCUUCUCCCAUCAAAUUUGGAGGAACCCUGCCCCGUCCGCGGAGGAAGAGAUGGACGUCGACGGGCAGCCGCGGUGGGCAGAGCGAUGGAUGGCGUCACGGGCGUCCUUCGACACCAACAGGAGCAGCGCCCGGACGGCCGCCGCCGCGGCGCCAGGACGCGCGUCCACGGACCACCGCGACCAGGUCAAGACGCUGGAGAUCGAUACUGGCCGCCCCUUCUCCUACUCCACGCCUCGGCGGCAGGCGCCGCCGUCGUCGCAGCACGGGAGCGGCUCGCCGAUGCACCGGGCGCAGCACCACCACCACUCCGCGGGGACGCCGUCGCCGGGGAAGGCGCGCCCGCCGAUCCAGGUCCGCUCCGCGAGCCCGCGCGUGGAGCGCGGCGGCGCCGGCGCCGGCGGGGGCAGCUACACCCCGAGCCUCCACUCCCAGCGCCACGCGUCCUCCGGCUCGGCAGUGCCGAACUACAUGGCAGCCACGGAGUCGGCCAAGGCACGCAUCCGCUCCCAGAGCGCGCCGCGGCAGCGGCCCGCGACCCCGGAGCGCGACCGGCCGCAGACCGCGUACAACCCCGCGACCGGGAGCGCCAAGAAGCGGCUGUCGUUCCCCGUCCCGCUGGACACGUACGGCGGCGGGUACGCGCAGAGCCUGCGCAGCCCGAGCUUCAAGAGCGCGACGGGGCGGUUCACCUCCGAGCAGCGCUCCACCGUGUCGUCCUUGUCGUGCGCGGAGAGCGUAGGUGGGGAGCCGAUCUCCCCGUCGUCCACCACCGACCUCCGCCGCUGGCUCCGCUGA